UUACAGUUAAACUUUCAACGUGCGCGCAUCAGGGCAGCGACAAGUGAAUAGGCGGACGGGAACUGUGCGACGCGUCCGCAAUUUCCACGCGCUCAACUCACGUUCCUCUGGAUUUUGAAAUUUUUCGACUGCGCGUAACGGUCAGCGAAAAGCGUAACUGCUUCAAACUAAAACGCAACGCAAAAAAUAAAUGCAGAAAAAUAAACAGCAAAAGCAGCAGCAGCAAAAAAAGUGCGUGAGAAUUUCAAAUUGCUGAAUUAAAUAAAUACAACAUACAAAAAUAAAAGUGAGAAAAAAGUCAAAUUCGAAACGGAAAAACGGAAAUUAUUGAAACCAAAACAAUUUUUGCUGUCUACGAAAAAUUGUUUGUGCUACUUCCAAUUGAAACGAAAUUAAAUGCUAUUGUUGUUGUUGGUUCGCGUCAUAAAUUCGAAAAUAUCGCAACUGAAAAUGUUUCAUGGAAAAGUGCUCUAUACAAAUACCAAAUAAAUUGACCAGAGAAGCAAGAAAAAUAUGGCCAGAAUCGAGAAAAAUGCUUGAAAAAUGUAUAUUAAUGCUCGAUACUCGACCAUUUAUUUUUUGUUGCCUCAAAUGAACAUUUAAAAAACUAUUAAUAAUAUGAAAUGUGUAUGAAAGAAAGCAAAUACUAUAGUUAGCUUAUUGAUUUGUACAUACAUACAUAAAUAAAUGCGUUAAACGAACCUGGACAAAACUUUGACGCACCUCUAGCAUUUGGAUGUUAUUUUUUUGUUCCAAUUUAUUUUAAUUUUCCGGCGUGUCUUUAUUAUUUGUGCGUUAAGCGCAGCGCGACAGUUGGCACCUGUUCAGCAACUUUUUAAAAAGCAUUUAAAAAAUCGUUUCAAGUUAUUUAUGCAAACGACGCCGAACGCAGCCAAACGAGUGAGAUAAAUACGUAGAUAGAUAGAGAUAGCGAUAAAAGAGAAGAAGUAAAAAAGUGAGAACGCGGUGGGAGGAGAUUUCCCUAGCCAGCCGUUGACCUAAUACCGUUUAAACUCAAUUGAAACGUAAAUUGCACUUUAGAGAUUUGAGCUUACAGUCUUAGCAUUGAAGGCGACGAAAGCAGCCAGACAGGAGAAAGGAGAAGAAAAGCAGCAGCACGACAAUCACAGUGGAGCAGAGCGGUUUCAAGUAACACUCGAACGGAUUCAACACACAGAUUUAGCUACCUGGCAGUCAAUCUACCUAACUAUUUAUUGCUUCGUUAGCAGCUGUUUAAAAUACACUAAACAAAAUAAUCUUAAAGAUAAACGGCAUAAACGACAACUGAAGCUGCAGCAGCAAUAACAACAACAACAACAACAAUAAUCGCCCGAGAGCACAAAACAUUUAUUAGGCUGGCCGCAAAUAGAGCUUUAUUAAGCAUACGCUCCGUUAGCCUGCGGCAGACAGACGGAGGAAGGAGGGACUGUCAGUGGGAGGACGGACUCACAUCAAAUUAGUAAUCAAGCGUCACAAAAGCAAAGCAACGCCGACGGGGCGCACACAGUUCACGCCGUAAGCCGAAGCUGAGCCGGACUGAGCCCGGCUGGGCAAACCAGAAGCAAACGCAAGGUGGCGACGAGGCAAGCAAGCAGGCAGGCAGGAAAGCAAGCAAGCAGGCCUGGCAAGGCAGACAAACUAAUAAGACGACUUUAUUUUUAUUGAAAUUAUGAUUAAUGACAGGAAUAUUGCACGACAGCGAUGUGGAAUCAACGCGCUUUAAGCAUUGCAACGAAUUAAGGGCACACAAAGCCCAUGAUAAUCAUCGAGCUGUGCUGCUAAUAAUGAUGUUUGCCGAUGAUGAUAUGAUUCUGCGAUGGCACAAUUUCUGAUGCGAUUAUCAUUCCAUCUUAACAGAGCCAUGGAACACGCAGUUGCCACGCUGCCGCUGCCGUUCGAAAUGUUUGCGAUGAAGUUGAUCAAAGGCAGGUCAGUGGGUGUCAUUGCUGUCGCCGCUGUGCCGCUGCCGCACGACUGCCAAGCCAAUUGAAAGUCACACACAUUACACAUACGACACGUUGCACAAAGCAAAAAGAGUAUAAGUUAAGAAAAAAGUAAUUGAUAAGCAAAAGUGUAUUAUCAAAAGCAAAGCAAUUGACAAUUUGAUGGCUUCAACCGGGCAAGAUUGCGCAGUAGCCGCAGCCCGCAAACGACGCCAUCAGACAUCAGCAUCAGCAGCAGCAACAGCAACACAGAACUGCAACAGCAACAACAGCAAUAAACUGAUCUCCACUGCAACCCUAACGCUGUUCAUCCUCACCCUCAGCAGCUGGAUAGCCUACGCGACAGCUGCAGUCACAACAACAACAACAACAGCAACAGCUGCCACAGCCUCCGUAGCAACAACUGCAGCAACCACAGCAGCAACAGCAUCGAUAGCAACUACGACGACGAUCACGAUAAUCACGGCACAAACUGCGACCAGAAGUGGCGGCGAUUUGGCUGAGGACUUUAACAGCAGCAGCGCCUUUUUGGGCGCCAUCGCUGCCGCUGGCGGGGCCACCGCAGCUGUCAACAGCAGCCCCAUUGCCAUUGUCAGCUAUCAGGGCAUUACGAGCAGCACGCCCAAUGGCAGCAGCACUGUGGUCUCCAUGUCCGAUACGCCACGACUGCUCGACGAGCUAUCGACGGACGAGGAAUUCGAGCUGCCGGCGUUGCAGUCUGUCAUUGUGAGCAUCAUACUGCUGAUUGUCAUACUGGGCACAGUGGUUGGCAAUGUGCUUGUCUGCAUCGCUGUGUGCAUGGUACGAAAACUGCGACGACCCUGCAAUUAUCUGCUCGUCUCGCUGGCGUUAUCCGAUCUCUGUGUGGCGCUGCUAGUCAUGCCGAUGGCGUUGCUCUACGAGGUGCUCGAACGCUGGAGCUUUGGCACACUGCUCUGCGACAUUUGGGUGUCGUUCGAUGUGCUCUGCUGCACCGCCUCCAUACUGAAUCUGUGCGCCAUCUCGGUGGACAGAUAUCUGGCCAUCACAAAGCCACUCGAGUACGGUGUGAAGCGAACCCCGCGUCGCAUGAUGCUGUGUGUGGGCAUUGUUUGGUUGGCAGCCGCCUGUAUCUCGUUGCCACCGCUACUGAUACUGGGCAACGAGCAUGAGGAUGAGGAUGGCCAGCCCAUAUGCACGGUGUGCCAAAACUUUGCAUAUCAAAUCUAUGCCACGCUGGGCUCCUUCUACAUACCACUGUCCGUGAUGCUGUUCGUCUACUAUCAGAUAUUUCGUGCCGCCCGUCGCAUUGUGCUGGAAGAGAAGCGUGCCCAAACCCAUCUGCAACAGGCCCUCAAUGGCACCGGCUCGCCACAAACGGCGACAGCUCCCACUCUGGGUCACACGGAUCUGGGCAGCGGCAAUGGUGCUGGCCAUCAUGGCCAUCGACACAGCAGCGUGGGCAACACAUCGCUCACCUACUCGACGUGUGGCGGCCUCAGCACCAGCGGCGGCGGCGGUGGCGGUGUGGUGGGCAUACCGCAUGGCCAUCAUGGCAGCGGCGGAGGCGUGAGUGGCUCCACAGGAUUGUUGGGUUCGCCGCAUCACAAGAAGCUGCGCUUUCAACUGGCCAAAGAGAAGAAGGCGUCCACCACACUGGGCAUCAUAAUGUCCGCAUUCACCAUCUGUUGGCUGCCCUUCUUCAUACUCGCACUGAUCCGGCCAUUUGAGACGAUGCAUGUGCCGCCCUCGCUGUCGUCGCUGUUCUUGUGGUUGGGCUAUGCCAACUCGCUGCUGAAUCCCAUCAUAUAUGCAACGUUAAAUCGUGAUUUUCGCAAACCCUUCCAGGAGAUACUCUUCUUCCGCUGCUCCAGUCUCAACAGCAUGAUGCGCGAGAAUUACUAUCAGGAUCAGUAUGGCGAGCCGCCGUCGCAGCGUGUCAUGCUUGGCGAUGAACGACAUGGCGCCCGGGAGAGCUUUCUGUGAACUUGAAUGGAUCCUUGACUCACCUGCAUCUGCAUCUCUAUCUAUUGGAGCAUCCCAAACACACACACACACACAUCCCAUCUCACACAUAGUCACACCAAUGAGUAUUUUUUGAAUGUAGUAGUGUUGCAAGCGCAUGCUGCAAAUCCAUAUGAUACGAUAUGAUAUAUGAUAUGAUAUGAUACUAUAUAUGUAGACGACUUCUCUAAGUGUAAAACUAAACGUUGUAAUUUUUAAAUGUAGCGCUAAGCAAUGAAGUGGGCCGAAGCUAAGGGAACCCCAACUCCUCACUCCCCCACACAUACACACUCACACACACACCCACCCAAGCAAAGCAAAACACACACACACAAUACAUAGAAAGACGGUUGUAAUAAUACUGUAAAUCCAGGACAGGUUUUCACGGUUCCUUUCCGAUCACAAUCACAAUCGAUAUCGAAUCUAUUGAGCCCACUGCGAGCGCAGUUCAUUUGCGAUACUCAAAACUGAGCCAAAAACUACAAUUAAAUAACAAAAAUUAAAGAAAAAAAAAACAAAAAAAAACGUUAAGGACAUUGUGUCACCUAAUUUACAUAUGCAAAUACAUAUACAUCUACAUAUAUGUAUGUGUACAAUAAAUAUAUAGAUCUUAAAGCAUGACAAAAGCAAAUGGAAGGGUCCUCAACCCAUCGAACUGUAAAUAAGCGCUAUAAACCAAAGCUAAGAUAUGUAUGCAGCUCGAAACUGUCUCAAAAAUAAAAAGGAAAAAAUAAAAAACGUAUAUUUAUUAUACUCGUAUGGCUAAGGCUACAGCUAAAGCUCAAGUCUAAUACAACUUAUGUAUGGAUGUAUUUAUUAAAAACAAAAGAACUACAAAAAUGAACACAAAACCAAUUAAGAAACUUUCUGCAUUAUUAAUUUUUGUAUUUUGUAUUGGUUUUAUUUUAUUGUAUUUGUAUAAAAGUCACGCCUCUCUGUGAUACCAAACAUUAAGCAUUAAUUUUAUGUUUAGAACAACAAAAACAAACUACAUUAAUAUACAUAUAAUGCUAAAAAUAACUAAUUACUAUUAACUAUAUGUAGUAAAUACGAGUACUACCUAAAUAUACAUACAUACAUGCAUAUAUAUACACUUAUAUAUAUAAAUAUCUAUAUAUAUAUUUAUAGAUAUACGCCUAGUCUAUUAAGUUUACUAAGUGUGCGUGUUUUUAAUGUACGUAUGUCUAACGGUUAAGUACAUGAUAUUCAAAAAAACAAAUAUGCUGAGUUACAUAUGAAUGUGUAAUUUAAUGUUGAACAAAACCGGAGAUAAAUAACUAAAAUUAAUCCCCUCAUCCCUUCACCUUCCCCUUCCAACAAAUAAAGUCCCCCACUAUCCCUAAAACAACUGAAAAACAAAAACUAAGCAAAUAAAUAAACAAAGAAAAGAGCAUGACAAACUAAGC